AUGAACAAAAACAAGCCAAAGGACGUCGAGGAUUCCGCUUUCCUUGUUGCUCAACCACCUGUACACUUGGACGAGGCAAUUGAAAUGGUUGGGUUUGGAAGUUUUCAUUAUUACAUAUUAUUUAUUUGUGGGUCACUUUUUGCGGCGGUCGCCAUUAGCGUGACGUCAGUGUCUUUUGUUGUACCGUCAGCACAAUGUGAUUUUCAAAUGACUUCUGUCCACAAAGGCAUCCUCAAUGGAGCUUCGAUGAUUGGAAUGUUCACGGGAUCUUUUAUUUGGGGUUACGUUGCUGAUUCCAGAGGCAGAAGAUAUGCAUUGAUAUUGAGUAUGACCAUGGAUGGUGUUUUCAGUAUCAUUUCCAGUGUAUCUCAGAUCUACCCAGUGUUAAUAUUCUGCCGACUGAUGAGUGGAUUUGGAGUGUCCGGCGCUACAGUGCUAUAUUCUUACCUAGGAGAGUUCGUAAACACCAAAUAUCGUGAAAAAUUUCUAUGCUGGAUGGAAAUGUUCUGGACGGGCGGUAUAAUUUUACUUCCAUGCGUGGCAUGGUUGAUUAUACCACAAACAUUCAGAAUUGAAUAUGGAUUCUUUUUAUUCAGGUCAUGGAAUUUAUUUGUUAUUAUAUGUUCUCUACCGAGCAUAAUAUUGGCAUGCUUGUUGGUGAGAUUGCCGGAAAGUCCAAAGUUUUUACUCGCCAAGGGUAAACACGACGAGACCAUCGAUUGCUUGAAAUACGUUUAUAGAUGGAACCAUAAGGCUGACAAUAAAUUUCCGGUGACUACGUUAAUGUUACCUGAUUGCAUAAACAAACAAAGUAAUGGUUUCUUUAACGGGCUCUACGAGAGUACUGUUGGUUUGUUCACGUCUAAGUACAAAUUUAUAGCUAUAAUCACGUGCGUUAUACAAUUUGGCGCAACUACCAGUUAUUAUAUGUUGACGCUGUGGUUUCCAGAGCUAAUGAAUAGGUUUCGAUGGUAUGAAAAAACAUAUGUAGGCCCGAAAAACAUGACGACUAUGUGUGAAAUCGUAUCCAUCUUUAAGAUCGAGCCCGAGGUGACACACCAAAAGUGUAAUGAUGAUAUUGACGAAUCGGUGUACAUCAACAUUGUCAUUAUUGGAAUAGCGUGCAUACCAACAAGUCUUAUCGUGCCACUGUUCGUUAACAGACUAGGACUCAGGUUUUUUUUAGUGGUAAGCUUUUUAGGAUCAGGUCUGUCCGCUGCUUGCUUAUACUUCAUUACUUCUACACUCGAGAAUCUCGUUUUAUCUUCAAUGUUUGCAGCCCUUUCCAGCGUGGGUAUUAGUCUUAUGUAUUGCAUCGCCGUCGAAUUGUUUCCUACAGAAUACAGGGGAAUGGCUGUAUCCAUAGGUUCUACGUUUGGAAAAGUAGGCGCACUUAUGGGUAAUGUCAUCGUUGGAGUAUUUAUCGAUGAGCUUUGUGCAAUUCCAAUUUUGGUAUCAUGUUCAUUUUUAAUAAUUUCAGGAUUGCUGGUACUAACAUUACCAAAAACUGGGAGGACAAACAUACAAUGA